AUGUUGGGAAUGGAGGAUGUGUUGUGUGAAAUAGGAGGAGAAGAAAUGAACGAGCAGGGGUUGCCCCCCGGGUUUAGGUUUCACCCUACUGAUGAAGAGCUCGUUACCUUUUACUUAGCCUCCAAGGUCUUCAAUGGCGCCUUCUCUGGUGUUGACAUUGCUGAGGUCGACCUCAACCGCUGUGAGCCGUGGGAGCUCCCAGAUGUGGCAAAGAUGGGGGAGAGAGAGUGGUAUUUCUUCAGCGUGAGGGACAGGAAGUACCCGACGGGGCUGAGGACGAACCGGGCGACCGGAGCGGGGUACUGGAAGGCAACAGGGAAGGACAGGGAGGUGUACAGCAGUGGAUCCAAUGGGGCGCUGCUUGGGAUGAAGAAAACCCUUGUGUUCUACAAGGGCAGGGCUCCCCGCGGUCUCAAGACCAAGUGGGUGAUGCAUGAGUACCGCCUGGAUGGUGACUUCUCCUACCGCCACACCUCCUCCAAGGAGGAGUGGGUGAUAUGCAGAAUAUUUCACAAAGCGGGGGAGAGAAGAGGGCCAAUACUAUUUCAAGGACCAAGCUACAUCCACCAGUUUGAAGCUGCAUCAUCUUCUUCAAGCACAGCCAAUUCUAACUGCUUGCCUCCACUGCUGGAUUCCACCCCACAUCCUAAAACUAGCACUACUACAACUCUACUACAGCCCCAGUCUCAUCAUUAUCUCCUGCAGAACCCAUUUCAGAUUCACCACCAAGAAAGUGACUUCAAAGGUUCCCUGAUUAUAAACCCAACAUCAAUGCCAUCAUCCCACCAUCGAGCCCAUCACCUCCUCCCAGCAAAUGGGCCUCUAACCCAACCCUCAUUUUCCCCAAUCACAACAGACAAAAACACAGACUUGAUCAUCGACCACCCAUCAUCAUCAUCAUCACCAUCAGUACCAUCAAACCUUUUCGAAUCCCUGCUCCUCUCACAUCAACAAGCACCCAGCACUACUAUUUCUACUGUUCCCAAGCAGUGCAAGACAGAGGAGGCCAACUUUUCCUUUUCCCAUGCCCAAUUCCCACCUGAUGCUGCUAGCUUGCGCUGGGUGGACAAGAUUCACCAGAAGCAGCACCCUCUGCCUUUUGAGAUGGAUUAUAGCGACGCAGUGUUGGCUCCAGCUGCUGUUCAUCAGGAGACGUCCACUGCAGCUGCUGCAGCUUUCAACACCGCCGGCUUUGAUCAGCUUAUGGCCGUAGAUCCAUAUGGGCUACCAAUCUAAACCCUACAUAUUUUAUAUAUAUAUAUAUAUAUAUAUAUAUAUAUUAUAUAAUCAAUCACUUAUGGGGAAACUCCUCAGUGUAAUCCAUCAGUGCUGGAGAUUUUUUGCACCUUAGUUAGGGUUAUAUAUAUAAUUACCAUAUUGUAAG